AUGAUUGACGAGAUCUUGCACACUGUCGACCCGGGAGGCGAUGUCGUGCUCGUCCUCCGCAACCCCAACGCGCCCUUUGCGGUUUGGAAGGGCUAUGAUUGGGAAUUAAAGGGCACAAAUAACAAAGAGAGUGAGGAGGAGAGCAGAGAGGAGAUCAAGGAAGAGAUCAAGGAGGAGAUUGAAGAGGAGAUCAAGAAGGGGAUCAAGGAGAGCAAGAAGGCAAAGAAGAAAGGCAAGAAGAAGGCAAACGGCAUUUCGUUGCUGUUCUCGGGUUCAGAACCUAUCCCGGGGCCGAUUGAAGAUAUCCCCGACCCCUACAUCCCUGCACCAGAAUGUCCCUCCACUGAACCUGGUUCAGGUGAAGGCGUACGAACUGCCCAUGACGCCGCCAUUCCCGACGAAGAAACUGGAAUCAAAUUUCUCCUUUCAUCCCGGCACUUGAUCUUAGCUUCGCGCUACUUCAACGCCAAACUCAAUGGGACUUGGAAGGAGGCUACACCUCAUCCCAUCGAUAAACGCUAUCACCUGGAAGCAUCUGACUGGGACCCCGACGCACUGCUCAUCAUGAUGCAAGUCAUCCAUGGGCGAAUGAGGAGUGUUCCUCGACGCGUCGACUGCGAGAUGCUGGCCAAGAUUGCCGUCCUCGUCGACUACUAUGACUGCCACGAAGCCAUGGAAGUCAUCUGUUCCAUUUGGAUUGAUGCGCUAAAGGACCAGCUCCCUUCGGAGUGCAGUAGGGAGCUGGUGUUAUGGAUCCUCAUUACACACAUAUUUCAACGAGACGACAUUUUCCCACAGGUCACCAAGACAGCAGUCCUGGAGAGCCAGGGCCCAAUACCGACAAUGGACCUGCCGAUUCCGCCAAUUUUGAUCAAUCUCAUUGAUUGGCGUAGACAAGAUGCCGUCGGCUUCAUUACGAACGCUCUCGAUGAUAUGCGAGCAUCCCUACGUAAGAGCUUGGCGGGAUGCGGUCCUGCAUGUUCUUGUAUGCUUUUGGGGGCUCUGGACAAGACAAUGUAUGAACAAAACUUGCUGGGCCUAAGUGAGCCGUAUAUGGGUCACAGGGUAAGCGCUGUGGAGGCUACCGUGCGUGGCUUCAGCUCCCCUGAUUGGGCCAUACCAUACUCACACUAUCCGCAUGUCUGUACCCUGGUGCAACUGGUCGAGAGUCGGUUAGAUUCCGAGUUUGCGAAGAACAAGGAAGGGUUCAGUCUCGCAGAGGCUGCGAUGUCCGAUGUUUCGCGUCACAAGGACAAGGACAAGGAUACAAACGGCACAUCUGGGUGA